AACAGUUAGGAAGUGAAAGUGAAAGUCAGUCUCCAUUUUGUGUGGAGGGGAAAAUACACCAUUUCAGGAGUAAAAACACAGUUGUUUUAUGACUUGAUACAGAGACUAUUUCCUGUAAGUGAACUCUGUGCUGAUACAGGGUUUGAUUUAACACACCGAUGUUGGAGUGAAGUAAACGUGUGUCCUGCUGUAAUCUGGAGAAGGAGACAUGACCUCCAACAUCAGUGUGUCUGGAGAACAGGACUUAAAGAGAGACGAGAGAAUGAUGGAGGGAAAGAGAUCAGACUCACCAGAACCCAGCUGUGUGUCCAUGAAGAGUGACGAGUCAAUGGAUUGUCCAAUUACCUUCAGAGAUGGAGCCAGUUCUCCUGAUGUGCGACCACAACAGAAGAAAUCAAACCUCAGCAGAAAUCAGUUGGACUCCAUAUUCAAGGAGCUGGAACACAAAGUCAUCACUCUGAUAAAGAAUGAACUGGAGAGGUUUAGGAAGCUCCUGAGUCCAGAUUACCCAGCAUGCACUGAGAGGGAGGUGGAGGAUGAGGAGGAUCUGCACAGUGUCAGAGACGGAGCGCUGAAGAUCACACUGCACGUCCUGAAGAACAUGAAGCACACAGAUCUCGCUAACACACUGCACAACAAGUCUGUGGCCCCUGUGUAUCAGACAAAGCUGAAAUCCAGCCUGAGGGAGAAGUUUAAAAGAAUUAAUGAAGGAAUCUCACAGCAUGGAAGUUCAGCACUUCUGAAUGAGAUCUACACAGAGCUCUACAUCACAGAGGGGUGGAGUGGAGACGUCAACAAUGAACAUGAGGUGAGACAGAUUGAGACAGCGUCCAGGAGACCAGCAGCACAGGAGACACCCAUCAAAUGUAAUGAUCUCUUUAAAGACAAGUCCAUCAGAAGUGUUCUGACUAAAGGAGUUGCUGGAAUUGGAAAAACAGUCUCUGUGCAGAAGUUCAUUCUGGACUGGACUGAAGGAAAAGCAAAUCAGGACGUCACCUUCAUGCUUCCACUUCCCUUUAGAGAGCUGAAUCUGAUGAAGCAGAAACAUCUCAGUCUGAUGGAUCUUCUUCAUCACUUUUUCCCUGAAAUAAGAAAACUAGAAGUAAUAGACUGUGACUCCUACAAAGUGGUGUUGAUCUUUGAUGGUCUGGAUGAGUGUCGACUUCCUCUAAAUUUCCAGAAGAAUGAGAGACUGUGUGAUGUGACAGAGUCAGCCUCAGUGGAUGUGCUGCUGACGAACCUCAUCAAGGGGAAUCUGCUUCCCUCUGCUCUCCUCUGGAUAACCUCUCGACCAGGAGCAGCCAAUCAGAUCCCUCCUGAGUGUGUAGACCAGGUAACAGAGGUACGAGGGUUCAGUGAUCCUCAGAAAGAGGAGUACUUCAGGAAGAGGAUCAGUGAUCAGAGCUUGGCCAAUAAAAUCAUCUCACACAUGAAGUCUUCAAGAAGCCUCUACAUCAUGUGCCACAUCCCAGUCUUCUGCUGGAUCUCAGCCACUGUUCUAGAGAGAAUGUUGGGUGAAACAGAGAGUGGAGAGAUCCCCAAGACUCUGACUCAAAUGUUCACACACUUCCUGAUCUUUCAGAUCAAACACAAGGACCAAAAGUACCAUCAGAAAUGUCACCCUGAUCCUCAGCAGACCAGAGAGAGUAUCCUGGCACUGGGAAAACUGGCUUUCCAACAGCUGGAGAAAGGAAACCUGAUCUUCUAUGAGGAAGACCUGAGAGAGUGUGGCAUUGAUGUGAGAGAAGUGUCAGUGUACUCAGGAGUGUGUACCCAAAUCUUCAGAGAGGAGUUUGGGCUUCACCUGGGGAAGGUGUUCAGCUUUGUACAUCUGAGUGUUCAGGAGUUUCUGGCUGCUUUAUAUGCAUUUUUCUGCUUUAUUUUUAGAAAGACAAAUGUGUUAGUGGAACAAAGCACUGGACUUUUUAAUUUCUUCAGAAAGUCAGACAUGUCUGAUCUCCUCAGGAGUGCAGUGAACAAGGCCUUACAGAGUGAGAACGGACACCUGGACCUGUUCCUCCGCUUCCUUCUGGGUCUCUCACUGGAGUCCAAUCAGACUCUCUUACGAGGUUUAAUGCCCCAGACAGGAAGCAGCUCUCACAUCAAACAGGAAACAGUCGAGUACAUCAAGGAGAAGAUCAGGGAGAAUCCAUCUCCAGAGAAAUCCAUCAAUCUGUUCCACUGUCUGAAUGAACUGAAUGAUCAUUCUCUAGUGCAGGAAGUACAGACUUACCUGAACAGAAGAGGUCACAGUCGUCUCAGGGGAACCAGACUCUCUCCUGCUCAGUGGUCAGCUCUGGUGUUUGUGUUACUGAACUCAGAUCAGGAGCUGGAUGAGUUCGAUUUGAGGAAAUAUGACCGAUCAGACGAAUGUCUUCUGAAGCUGCUGCCAGUGGUCAAAGCCUCCAGAAGAGCUGUGCUGUGUUGGUGUGAUCUGACAGAGGAAAGCUGUAGAGUUCUGUCCUCAGUUCUCAGAUCAAACUCCUCCAGACUGAGAGAACUGAACCUGAGUGACAAUAACCUGCAGGAUUCAGGAGUGAAGCUGCUCUCUGCUGGACUGGAGAAUCCACACUGUACACUGGAGACACUGAGUCUGUGUGAGUGUAAUCUGACAGAGGAAAGCUGUAGAGUUCUGUCCUCAGUUCUCAGAUCAAACUCCUCCAGACUGAGAGAACUGAACCUGAGUCUCAAUAACCUGCAGGAUUCAGGAGUGAAGCUGCUCUCUGCUGGACUGGAGAAUCCACACUGUACACUGGAGAUACUGAGGCUGUGUGAGUGUAAACUGACAGAGGAAAGCUGUAGAGUUCUGUCCUCAGUUCUCAGAUCAAACUCCUCCAGACUGAGAGAACUGAACCUGAGUGUCAAUAACCUGCAGGAUUCAGGAGUGAAGCUGCUCUCUGCUGGACUGGAGAAUCCACACUGUACACUGGAGAUACUGAGGCUGUGUGUGUGUGAUCUGACAGAGGAAAGCUGUAGAGUUCUGUCCUCAGUUCUCAGAUCAAACUCCUCCAGACUGAGAGAACUGGACCUGAGUGACAAUAACCUGCAGGAUUCAGGAGUGAAGCUGCUCUCUGCUGGACUGGAGAAUCCACACUGUACACUGGAGACACUGAGGAUGUGGAACUGCAGGAUUACAGAUGAAGGUUGUGCUGCUCUGGCUUCUGCUCUGAGGUCAAACUCCUCAUCACACCUGAGAGAACUGGAUCUGAAGGGUAAUAAUCCAGGAGAAUCAGGAGUGAAGCUGCUCUCUGAUCUACUGAAGGAUCCACACUGUAACCUGGAGACACUACACAUUAACUAUAAUAAACUCACCAGGACUGGCGUAUGACGGGAGUCUCACCUCAAACCUCUUCUCCAGGAUAAAGCAGUCUUGGUGAAGAGUUAGAACCCGUCCCACAUUUCCAGCAGUUUGGGAGCUGAAUCAUUAAACUUAAAGGGGCAGAGCAGAAACAGUCAAGAACAGGCAGAAGGUCGUACACAGGAGAAAUCAACACACGUAACCAAAUAUCUGCUGUACAAAGCAACGGCACCGAUCUGCCCCGGGGAUGGAGACUGACGAGGCUUAAGUACACGUCCGGAAAUGUACAGACAACUCAUCCCAAAGCACGAGGCAAGAGCAGGCGUGUACGAGAUGUGAUCGUCCAAUGGCAAGCAGGAACAUGACGCAUCGCAGUGGACUGGGCUUAAAAGAGGAGGAGACAAGACACCCAUCCCUCCCCCGACAUAGACACACGAAUGGAACACAGUACAAACAGAAAUACAACUGAGGACGUAACAAUGGCCAAGUAUCAAAUAAAAUGUAAACUUGCAUUGAUGAAGUUAAUGUUGUUAGUAAUUGUUUAUAAAUUACCAUGGUAACACGGAGCUCCAAGGUAUAAAAAUAUGGAGUUUGUCAUCAAUCAAACAGUAACCAGUUUUAAUACCUAAAAAGUUUACGUAGCAAAAUUUAGCAAAGCGCUUUACAGUAAAUUAAAAUGUAAAAUUAAACUAAUGAAAUGUUGUGCAGCACAUGCUUAUGUUAAUGUUUGUUUCAUUAUAUGAUCAUAUAAAUAAAUAAAUACUCCCAAAGUCA